UAUACGGCUCCGCCCAGCAGAACAACGGGCACCUGUGGCGGGUUGUAGUGUUUGGUGCAAGAAAUAUAGAGGAUAUAUCCCUUGGUUUAGUGGUUGACGUUAUGUCAUCUAGAUUCUUUUAUAUUGUUGCAGAUUUAUAAAUACGGUAUCAGUGUAUUGGUAGGAAUUAGUUAGGUAUAAAAUGAUAAUUGCGUGUGAAAAACAAAUUGCUAAGCUAGUUUACUCAGCCUUAAAUUUAGGGAAACUUUCUGGAUUAUAGAAACGAAAGCUUUUAUUUUUUUCAUAUGGUAGUUAAUAUAGGCCUACUCUUAGCCUCGUAUGCAAUCUUCUUAUGUCAUUAAAACCUAAUAAAAAAUAGCUUGUGUCAUUGGCUCGAAACUAUUGUACAGAAACAGUUGUGCAUGAAUCAAGUGGUUGGGAGCCCUUUGUUGUAAAAUCCACGCCGAAUCCGGGUGUUGACUCCUAAAAGUGAAGCGACAUUGUCAAAUUAUGCAUUAGGUGGUGGUAUUCUAGUAAGGUACAGCAAACAGCAUAGGUGCAGUAGAUACUUGUGAUAGAAUGUUAGUUUUAUUCCACAAGUUGUAUUUUUGUGUAGGUAGGUAGACUCGCAAAACAAUCAAUAUAAACACCGAGUUAAAAAAAAUACGCAUACGUGAUAGUGAUAGUUUCAUUUCACUGAUGGCAGGCUACAACACUUGUAGGAACCCGGGCAGCUUGGUACAAUAAUCAAGACACGUAGGAGUAGAUAAAGUGUACUUUGGAGGCUCAAAGUAAGCGGAAGGCAGCUACAUACACGACAUGGAUUAAUGCGCAUGUGUGUGUGUCACCUCGACAAUUAUGUGUCGUCAUGCAUCCUAAACAUCUUGGACGAACACAUAGAGGCAACUGCCAUCAUCAACCACUGCCACUUGCCUCUUGACAUAACCUUCCUUAUAGCGUACCAGUACAAGAACAGUACACGGCACAACUGGAAGUACACAUUUGUUACAUCAAAUCAAAAUGAACGAGUACUGAUCCCUGGAUUGUUACUUCCUGUAGCACCUCAUGCACCAGUCUUCCUGUAUGCUCGAGUGCCAGAGAGAGAAUUCAACAUGCAUAACUCUUCCUUUGUGGCUAUUGAGGCAUCAUUUGUAGCAGAGUUAAGCACAGAAAAGUGGGAAGAAGCAGAGUUCUUGAACCACACUGUGUACAUUACAUCAACAAACGAUUGUCUGUUCAGCAAACAGGGACAAGAUCCCAUACCUUGGAUAAUUGGUGGUUUAUUUGCUGUUGCACUGGUUUCUGGUGCUCUAGGAGGUGGCUGCUUUUUGUAUCGGAAAAAGAAAUUGGCAGUGGAUCAACUAGCACUUGUAACAGCUAUGGAGGUUGGGCUUCCAGGGGCUCAGCCAUAUCAGGUGGAUGCAGUUGUAGAAAAAAACCCACAAAAUAUUGAAACUUCAAGUAAUGAAUCUCCUAAGCCUGAAGACACUAAUACAGAAAACAUGGAUAGCAAUAAUGAGAUGGAUGGACAAGCUAAGCAACAGAAUUCUGAAGAAGCAUCAGAACAACACAGGAAGGGAAAGAAAGGUUUCAAGUUUGGACGUCUAAAAGAAGAGCCUGUCAAUUUUUGUAAUGGUUCUCCAGGACUUAAGGGUAUGGCUGUUGUAAUUGGUAAUCCAGCAUAUCAGGAGGAGUCUAAACAAGCACAAGAAGAAGAUAAAAUCAAAGAAAAAGUCCAAGAACAAUCGCUAAAUGUUGAUCCUUCGGUGGAAGAUUCACAGUUUAUUGUAGGAAAUGGGAAAGUGAAUGGCAUGUAUUCUGAAGGUGACACCCCAGACAGCUCAUUAGAGGAUAAUAUAUCCAUCAACAAACACCAGAAGGUUCCAGAGGAGGAGGAAUUAUCAAUCAAUGGACAUCCACUUGAGACUGAGGACAGCUUGGAUGGCAGUGGUCAGGUUGGCCAGGGUGCACGACGAAAAGUGCGUGGAAUGUCUUCAGCCAUCACGGGCUCCACUACCAUGGUGUCAGCAGAAGUUGGCAACACUAGUGACUCCCAGAAGUGUUUAUGAGUUUCUGGUAAAAUUAUUGUUUGCAAACAUGAACUUAAAUUUGUAAUUGCAAUUGUUCUGAAAUGUUGCAAAUUUAAAUUUGAAAGUCAUUGAUUUUUAUCAAUCAGAUUAACAGUCUAGGACUUAAGUGAUAAAUUUUAUGACGUCUACAUCGAUAAAGAUGCUCAUAAGCGAGAAAUGAAUGGUUAUGUCAUUACAUAUAAAUAGAUUUGUAGACUCUUGGAUUGUGUGUGCGUGUACAGUCGCAGGCAAAAGUUUGCUCCCCAUUGUUGAAACUGCCUGAUGGGAAUCAGUCUGUAAUUACUUACUGUCAUCUGGUGCGAGUGUGUUGUUUUAUCUCAUUUGGGGUCGAUGCUGCUUCAGUUUGGGAGGGAGCGAACUUUUGACUCGGACUGUACUUACACACAGUAUAUGAGUGCUGCAUGUAACUAUCUACGUUGAGGCUGACUGGGAACGUUGUGUAUUCUAAGAACCCACUACUCCUGGAGGAUAGGGACUUUCUCAUAGUCUCUCUGUUACUUUUUAGUCCAGAUCUGACUAAUUUUAUUUUACUGAUUGUUUUUAAGUGCAGUAUUAUAGAUAUCCUUAAACCUGAGAAAAAAGGCUAAGUACUGUCUGUGAAGAAGGAACAAGUAUAAACAGAAGCAUUGGCUAUAGUGCACAUUGAAAAAGUAAAGCUGUUCUUCACAGUGGCUAAGUUUAAGGUGUCUCAUUGUGUUUUUAUUUUUAUGAAAAAUUAAGUUUUAUUUAACCCUUAAGCCCCAGGUUAGGAAGCUGCUGGCAGUACCCCUCACGCGGGGGUAAAUUGAGAAAAAUCAAAACGUUUCCAAAAAUAGUUUUUAACCCUUUUAAAUUAUAAAAAAAACUAUAUAUUGACCCUCUAGAAACUUCCCUGGCAGCGCUGAGGAAGGGAGGGGGGAGGGAUACGAGGCGACAGUGUUGCUUUGACAGCUGAGCUUGUGGUCACCUACGCAUUUACGAGCUAUUUUUAGCUUGUCUUUUUGUUCGAGAUGGCCAAUAAUGCAUGUAUUUACUGAUCAUAAUACUUAUUUGCUAUAAAAAAUUAAUUUAAAAUAUUUUAUUUAUCUUAUUUUUCAUAAAAAGUGCUUGGCAACUCACGCAUUCGGUCGCCAGGCAGUAUGGCUGAUUUUGUGUUUGGUAGAGCAAGUAAUGCAUAAAAUAAUAAUAAUUCCACAAAUGAAUACAUUUAUAAAAUAAUCAUAGCAUUAUUUUCCAGUAAUACUACACUACAAUACAUCUACACUAAUUUGAGCAAUACAGUAGAACUUCGAUUUAACGCAAGAUACAUUCCAAGAAAAGUAGUUUUAGACCUAAUUCGCGCUAAAUUGAAAUGUUGUUUCAAUGGAAAAAUUUUGUUUGGCACUUGAGAGAAACACAAAAUACUAAUAAGACUUUUAUUAACGAGUAAAUAUGAGAAAAAUAUAUGGUUUAAUGAUAUACAGUCAACCCUCGCUUUACGCGUUUACGCGGUACCCUGCCGAACACGGAUUGCUCACUUUCCGCGGUGUGUGUACCCCUUUACGUGGAGAGCGG